AUGACAGAUACCCUCCCUUCUGUGGGAGGGAAAGACUGGGAAAUUCCGUCCAAUAAAUAUUCUGGGAGCACUGGUUCAGUGCACAACUUCAACGCACCUGAUAAUUGUGCCGACUUUGACCAGCCAGCAGCCAACCCUAUUGACCCGCGAACCGGUCUCCGUGAAUUUAGCGUCGUUCGUGAUAUGCGUCAAAGUAGUCCGUGUGAUUCCACAGAUAUACCAGCAGAGGUCAUCUCAAAUUUGCAAGACCGCUACUUUGAUACCGUGCAUCUCGCAUACCCGAUGAUUGACAAGUGGCGCUUCCUAGAAAGAAUCAGUAGGAACAAAAUCGACCCCGAUAUGACCUUUCUGCAACACGCUAUGUGUGCGCAUGCGGCAGCUCUUACUCGAGACCACGACCAGGCCGCAAAUACAUGCCACCAACACGCACGCAAAUGUCUACACCAGAUCCAACAGGACGGACUAAAAAUUACUUUGCGCGGCCUCCCCAGUUUGCAGGCCUGUAUCCUCGUAGCUCUUUAUGAGGCCAAGCAGUUAAAUUGCCACCGUGCAGUUUCUAGCAUCAGGCUCGUCACUUCGCUUGUGAAACAGUUGUGGCUGCAUGCCAUUGAUCGUAAGCCAAAUAGUCGCCUGAUCUCCCCAUGUCGCACUGGUCUCAGCUCUACUAGUGACAAGGUCGAGCUGGAGGAGAGGAGGCGGACGUUCUGGGUUGCGUACAACAUCGAGACUUUGGCAAAUGUACUAUAUGGCUUGGGCGUGUCAUUGGACCUUUCAGAGAUCCAAACGCAUCUACCGUACUUGAAUCCACUCAACGACGCGACGAUCCCGCUCUCCGGUCAGCCUUUUAGCCUAACGAAUCCCCCAAUUCUUGGUGAGGACAUAACAACCUCUUCCUUCAAUGCAGUCCUUCUCACUACCACCCUUGCCGCACAUUGCCUGCGACACGAUGGUCAAGCAAAGCGACAAGACUCUUCCGACGCCUCAUUCAGCUACGCCUUUUGGUCUCAGCACUUCCGUAUCGACGAAAUAAUCAGUAAUAUCUCAAACAAUAUACUCAGUCGGCUAAACCAGCCUCAAUAUGCAGUCGAUGCCAAUGCGUUCUUUGCCCUCAUCACUCUCAAGGCAACUACUAUCUUCCUGCACCAGGUCGCCCUCCGAUAUUCUCAAAAGAGUAGACUCAUGGAGAAGUACGUGUUGGAAAGCCCCGAAAAAUGCUUGAAAGCGGCUUUGGAAAUCGGCGACGCUGUGCGACAAGCACGCAAUUUUAACCCAGCAAAGAUGAAUCCAUUCACCCCUUGGCCCAUCUUCACUGCAUCCCAGAUUUUUGUCCGCGCUCUUCAACCAUCGAACCCACUCUCCAAUGUAGGCAACUUCGGACCGCAAGCACCCUCUUCGGGUGACUCCUCUAAGCCCUCGCGUGCGAGCUCGUAUGGAAGCAAUCCUAUUUCUCCAUCUGGGGGAUAUAAUUUUACGGCCGAUCAGACGCGGAUUUGUCCUCCAAUAACCACGCCAUCUUCUUUAUCUAGUGGGAGCAAUACUCCACCGAGAGAUAUUGGGCUCUUGAUGGACUCGCUGCAAGUAAUUAUGGUUUCGCUUUCCAGUAUUAAGCUCCAAGGGGGCUUGGCAGCUGCUUGUUUGGCGCAUCUCAAUCAUGAAAUCAAUGGCGGCGCACAUGUCACGAACGAGAGUCCCGUCGGGCAUAUAGAUUUUGAGUCUGCGCUUCCGGCAGUAAUGGAGAGGUCACGGUCAUGA